GUUUGUGCAGCCUUCUGGUCACUCGACGCUUGGCUUUGUCCACUCGAGGAUGCAGUAUGAAAUGCCGGCUAAAAUAUGUAGCUCGCCCAUCGCUACGGGUCCGACGAAGCACGGUCGCCGAAAGUGAUUUCGACUCUAUCGCCGCGCUUUGUCGGAUUGAACAGUGACUUCACGGCUGACCAAAGUUUACUCACGCCCCCUUCACCUCCUAGCUUAGGAUAUAAGUAGCUUUGAAUUUUACAUUAGAAAAAGCUAAUAAAUUUUGACUCUCGAUAGUGUAUUCAUAAAUUAAAAGUUAUUUGUCUUUGAAGUUUAAAAAGCAAAAUUUUAAGUGUGCAAAAGUUCAAAACAUUUGAAAAAAAACAACAUAACAGAAGAAACCCAUAGUGAAAAUAGCGAUAGGCAAAGCGACUAUAGGAUAAAUUGUUCAGUUUAUGGAAAGCGAUUUCCAUUAUCCAGAGCAAACGCUUGAGCAGCAGCAGCAGAUUGAGUCCACUGAAGAGAAAUCUUUAACUAGCAUUGCUAGCGAUCAUUGUACACCGCAGAAUAGUGAACAGCGUUUGAUUCCUUUGACACAAGAAAUUGUUAAGGCAAUGAUGGAAUUUGACGGCUCCCAAUCGAGUACGAGUCUUUCUGAAAAAAACUUUUAUAACACUUUUUCCAUAACAAGUUUGGUACGCGAAGAGGUGCAAAACAUUUUGCAGGAACUAUGUGUCACUGAUCAGUUUAUACGCAAGGAGGAAAUUGAUGCGCUGAUCGAGCGCUGUCUGCGCGAAAAAGUGACAAUCGACUGCAAGAGUACAACGACUAGUGCUGAAUCUCUGCCGCCUGAUAGUCAAGAGAUCGAAGUAACAGUCGAAAUGCUUAACGAGACAGAUAAGAACAAAUUAAUCGUUGAGAAUUUUCAAAUAUUGGAGCAACGCAUCACAAACUUGGAGGAACGCAUUUCAACUGUGCUGCAGACUGUGCCGAAAUUGCGCCAUUUGCAAGCGAAAAAAUUCAAAAUCAACACGGAGAUUAUACGCGAAGAACUGCGAAAUGUUGUGCAAAGAAUGGUCGUAGAUGAAGCCACAAAAGUCUUACCCACUUCUGAACUGAGAUCGGCAAUUGAUGGUGAUGUAAAUGGAAUAGCAACAAAAGCAACAAUAAGCAUCACUGGUACAGAAAAAGAGAGCACAGAAAAUAAGAUAAACCCAUAUGACGAUUUAUACUACGCACAGCGCCAAAAUGCAAUGAAUAUAUUGAAUUACAAAAAAUCGAAAGCCACCAUGGAGCUUAACCAGCGACCACAUCUGACUCCACACAUUAAGCCAAUCGUCUGUGAAUUAGGCGAGAUAGGAUACAAGCCCAAACAAAGACCUACAUUCAUUGCCGAAUAGGUGGUUUAAAGUUAAUUAUGGAAACAUUUUAAUCAAAAUUUCAUUGAUAUUAAGAAGAAAUUUUAAUUUAUGCUCGAGUUGUAGUGUGGACUCGAAAUAUAAAAAGUCCAAACCUUCCAAAAUUGUAAUAAAAUGCAAGUUUGUAUGUUUGUAUGUAUAUAUGUUAUAA